CCCAGCCAGAUGUGAGCGCCACUCUCUCCAAUCUGCACCUCUGCCUUCAGAUGAGCACGGAGCCUCCUGCAGUUUGCAGGCGUACAGACAGCCAGAGGAAUACCACGGCUGUGCCUCUGCUCUGCCUUGGACUGUGGUGUGGGCUAUAGCGCUGCAGACGCGGCGUCCCCACUGUCUCAACGUUGAGCCUGUGCGGCCGCGGCAGAAUUCACUCUGCUACCGCCUUGCCUGCUGCACUUCGCCGCUCCCAGAGAGUGAAACCCGUCUGUACUCCACUUUCAAGUCGCUAUAGGAGACCGUGGAUUGGAAACUAAUUAUUGCGCCUAUUGGAUCAAUUUGAGUGGACUUACUGUUAGGUCGUUGUUUUUCAUGGUUGAAUACAGUAGGCUAUAUGGAUACCCAAUCUGCGUGAUAUUGGUUCAUGAUUGAGAAACGCGGAGGGGCGUGGAAUGAAUUGAAAUCUAUUUGGUCUUCUUGGAUGUAAAACAACCGAGAUUUAUUUCUCCCCACUCCUCCCUUCCCAUCUCCUCACCUUCAACAUGACUUCUCUGUCUGGGACCAAAGAGAGGUCUGUGACCAGCAGGAGCAGAAAAUACGGGAUUACCGACACCUCCCCGACAAAAUCAACCUCCUUCUCCCCGGAGACAUGGUACAGAAAGGCCUAUGAGGAGUCCCGGACCGGCAGCCGACCAGCUCCAGAGGGAGCCGGAUCUAUGCCCAGCUCCACAGGCACCCCCUCCCCAGGAUCUGGCACCUCGUCCCCGGGAUCCUUCUCCGGUUCCCCCGGGACCAUAUCUCCAGGGAUCGGGACCGGUUCCCCUGGGUCUCUAGGUGGCUCGCCAGGUUUCGGUACAGGUUCGCCUGGCUCUGGCAGCGGGAGCUCCCCUGGUUCUGAGAGAGAGAGGGGGAUAUGGUGUGAGCACUGCAAUGCCCGGCUGGCGGAGCUGAAGAGACAGGCGCUGAAGCUACUGAUUCCCGGCCCCUACUCCAGCAAGGAUCCGUCCUUCUCCCUGCUCCUCCACGACAAGCUUCAGGUGCCCAACAGCUCGGGGCGGGCCUGGAAUGAGCGUGACAGUCGCUGUGACGUGUGUUCCACCCACCUGACCCAGCUGAAACAGGAAGCAGUCCACAUGGUGCUGACCAUGGACCAAUGGGACCUGUCCCCCAGCUCGCCCCCCACCCUGCCCAGCCACAGUGGCCCUCCACAGGGCCCCACAGCCCCAUGGGACUGGGCCUACCUCCCAUCAGCCGCAGCAGCCUACCCCCAUCCCCGUCCAAACCCACACCACCCUACCAUGCCUCCAACGUCCUCUACUGCGUCCUUCUCCAGCCUCAGCCAAGCUGCUUCCAACCCCAGCCCAGGUGCAACUUCUGUGGGUCAAACAUCCACCCAUGCAGCCUCUUCUGCGCCGGCCCCGGCGUCCUCAUCGCCGGCUCCAUCCCCGGUGCACCAGGGAGGGCAACCCCGCCAAGGUUCCAAGCCCAGUUCCCUAGGAGUGGGCCUCGGGGUGGAGAGGAGGAACGGCUCCCCGGCACACUCCAGUAAGGCCACCGGUGUCCCGUCGGCCCAGCCGCCCAACAGCCCCGGUAGUAACGGGAACAAUGCUGGGAGCGGAGCAGUGCUGAGUACAGCAGCACUGCAGGCUCACCAGUACAUGUCUCGCACCAACGGAGGAGGAGUCACACUCUACCCCUACCAGAUCUCCCAGAUGAUAUCUGAUGGGUGUCGAGAGGGUGUGACGGAGGCAGUUCUGAACCGCUACAACGCUGAUCGCCCCUCGUCCUCGCAGGCCCCUCCCACUAUGCAGGUUACCACGGCAGCACCAACCACCACCUCUGCUGCCGCGUCCUUCUUCGCCAGAGCUGCUCAGAAGUUGAACCUGUCAUCGAAGAAGAAGAAGCAGCGCCCAGCGCCCCCCCAGGUGUGUGACCCCCCUCUGUUCCCCACCAACUUCAGUGGGACCCUGCAGACCGCCCCUCCCCCUGCCCCACCUUGCCUGUUACGGGCUGCCAGCAAGAUCAAAGACACCCCUGGACUGGGCAAGGUGAAGGUGAUGGUGCGUGUGUGUCCUGUGAUGUCCUCGGAUGCAGCAGAGUCCAGCUCUUUCCUCAAGGUGGACACCAGGAAGAAGCAGGUGACCAUUAUGGAUCCAUCAGCCAACCAGAUGCAAGGAAACACCCUCCAGAAACGAGGAGUCAAUCAGGCCCCACCUAAGAUGUUUGCCUUCGACGCCGCCUUCCCCCAUGAUGCAUCACAGGCGGAGGUGUGUGCUGGUACUGUAGCUGAGGUCAUUCAGUCGGUGGUGAAUGGAGCAGAUGGCUGUGUCUUCUGCUUCGGACACUCUAAACUGGGUAAAUCCUACACCAUGAUAGGUGGUGACGAGUCCAUGCAGACCCUGGGGAUCAUCCCCUGUGCCAUCUCCUGGCUCUUCAAGCUCAUCAACGAGAGGAAGGAGAAGACGGGAGCACGCUUCUCUGUCCGAGUCUCAGCCGUAGAGGUUUGGGGUAAAGAGGAGAACCUGAAGGACUUGCUGUCUGAAGUGGCGACAGGCAGUUUGCAGGACAGCCAGUCCCCUGGAGUUUACCUCUGCGAGGACCCCAUCUGUGGCAUGCAGCUCCAGAACCAGAGUGAGCUGCGAGCCCCCACGCCAGAGAAAGCAGCCUUCUUCCUGGAUGCAGCCAUAGCAGCUCGGUACAGCAGCAGAGCUGACUCCGACCCGGAGGAGCAUCUCAACUCACACAUGCUGUUCACACUGCACAUCUACCAGUACCGCAUGGAGAAGACUGGCAAGGGAGGGAUGUCGGGAGGUCGCAGUAGACUCCACCUGAUAGACCUGGGCAGCUGUGUGAAGGUGCUGGGAGGAGAGAAGGGCAGGGAGAGCAGUGGUAGUACAGCAGCAGGGCUGUGUCUGUCUCUGUCUGCCCUGGGGAACGUUAUCCUGGCUCUGGUCAAUGGCAGCAAACAUAUCCCUUACAAGGACAGUAAGCUGACCAUGCUACUGAGAGAGUCACUGAGCAACAUGAACUGUCGGACCACCAUGAUCGCCCACAUCUCCUCGUCGCCUAGCAACUUCUCUGACACGCUCUCCACCCUCCAGAUCGCCUCGCGCCUCCUCCGUAUGAAGAAGAAGAAGACCAAAGUCAGUAUGCAAUACACGUCCAGUUCGUCAGGGGGUGAGAGUUCGUGUGAGGAGGGUCGUAUGCGUCGCCCCACCCACCUGAGACCAUUCCACUCCCGUAGCUCUGCCGACUCCAACCUUCCCCUGCUGCACCUCUCCAGCGACCCAGAUGACUACUCCAGUAGCGAGCAGUCCUGCGACACCGUCAUCUAUGUGGGCCCCAAUGGGGGUGCUAUCUCGGACCGUGAGCUGACCGACAACGAGGGUCCGCCAGAGGUUGUCCCCAUCAUUCCUGCUCUGCUGAAGAGCAAAGCCGAGUCUGGCGUACUGCCGACUACACCAACACUACAACAACAACAGCUACAGACAGUACUCUCCCAGCCCCAGCCACAGCCACAGCCUGCCCCUACACAGACACACACCCAGCCCUCUGCCCUGCCUACACAGUCCCUCAUCUCCCUAACCCAGCCCCCACUCCCUCUCCUCCAAGCCCUGGGCCAACCCCUGCCCCCUGUGCCAGAGGAAGGGGCAGAGUGUCUCAAGUGCAACACCUUCGCCGAGCUGCAGGAGCGGCUGGAGUGUAUCGACGGGAGCGAAGAGGUGGCCAAGUUCCCCUUUGAGGAGGUGCCGGUUAGUAGGGGGGCCAAGUCUGACACCCUGGUCCCCCCUGGGUCUGAGACGGAGCCUACGGGAGCUGUGGGAGUGGAGGUAGAGACCUCCAGGAGGAUGUCCAAUGACGAGCAGCUCCAGGAGAUCAGGGAGGUGGUGGAAGAGGCAGAACUGGCCCAGACCAUGAUAGAGAGUCUGAGCCUGACCGGCAGCAGCAGUGUGACGGGAAGCAGUGGAGAUGGACACACCAACACUAACCCUUUACAGAGGGCCAAAAGCGCCAGCCUCCAUGACAGUCGUGAGUCUCUGAGCGCAGGCAGUAGCAGUGAUGGUAAGCCCCGCCCCCUGGGUUCUCCUCGGCUGGGCAUCGCCUCUCUUACCAAGACCUCUGACUACAGACCUCCUUCCUCACCCUCACAGCGCUGCAAGGUCUACACCCAGAAGGGUGUGAUGCCGGGAACGCCCCCUCUGUCCUGCCAGAGUCUGUCUACUGCAGACAGCCUGGCUGCAGAUAGUGGGAGGUCCUCUACAGAUUCCCUGCUGCAGCUGGAGUCCCUGUCCAGGACCUCCCCCAUGAGAAUGAGUCCCCAGGUGCUAAAGCGCACCGACUCCUUGUCUGCCAGCCUGGGGUCGGCUGAGACCCUGUGUGACGAUAAUGUUCCUCAGAUACCUCUGGAUGUACGCAGGGACACCCCAGUUCCUGCUCUAGCCCCCAGCCCCUCCUCUACCCCAGCCCCAGCAGACCCUCGUUCUCUGGGGGAAGAUGAGCUGGUAUUCACCCUGGGGUGUGAGGAAGGGCUGGAUGUCCGGGGCCUGCUGGAGAGUGGCGGUCGUCCCACUAGCAUCAUUAGCUUCACCAGCGACUGUUCCGUCACCGCCCUGGCCUCGGGAUCCCGCCCUGUCUCCAUCAUCAGCAGCAUCAGCGAUGACCUGGAGUGCUACGGAAACAACACUACUGUCAUUGCUACGACCACCGGAAUGGUCACAAUGACAAGCGCCUCAGUUGCCGGGGUGAUCGCCAUGGCGGAAGUCAGCAUGGCGAAGCUUCGCAUAGAAGGAGAGGCGAUGGCGGCGCUGCCUAGCUGCCGGUCGUCCAUCUCAUCAUGGCUGAGUGAGCUGAGUGCUGGGAGUGACGGGGAUCAGUCCCUACACAGUUUCGGCCAGUCCUAUGGACAUGGGGAGGCUCUGGCCGAGCUAGACCCCCCACAGGUGCCUCUCUCUGGGGCAGAGGAGCAAGAUGAGGUGUCCCUGGGUUCUAGAGGAAGGAAGACUCUUGACAGCGAUGUAGUGUUGUGUGGAGAUGAGAAAGGAACGGAGAAGGAGAAGAGCACCCUGACUAAAGAGAGGCUGAAGAGACUGUCUCCCUCCAUGGGUAAGACCAACAUCACCGUCUCCAACAUCCAGACCCUGGGGGCCUCCAGCAACUUCAUCCCCUUCAAGACCAACAUCACAGUCCACCCCUGUGUGGCCGUCAAACCCAUGGUUAUACAGGAGCCCACUAUACUGUCCUCCCCUACCAAGACUCACCUGUUGUCCAAGGACGCAGCCAAGCCUGCCCUAGCCCAAGCCCUGGUCCUGGCCUCCAUGUCCAGCGAUCUCAGCUUCGACGACCCCUGGAUGAAGAGAGAUGGAGGCGAUGUGAGGCCUAAGGAGCUGGUGUGUGAGGUGAAGCCGGAGAAGAGGGUGGUGGAGCCACCAGUCAAGACAGACACAGCUAAGACCCAGGCCUGGCCCCAGGGUGACAGGGCCAGCAGGGUGGACAGUGGCUACGGAGGGGACCGUUGCAGCUCCAGCAGCGGUGAGACCGUCUCCUCUCCAGACUCCUGUAAGAGGGUGGUGGACGGCUGUGAGAUGGUGCUAGUCAGCUCUGGGGAGUGUCUGAUGACUCCCGUCUACUCUGCCGACAUCCUGCGCACCGCCAGUCUGCCCCGCGGCUGGCACCGGAUCAACCGCCACGACGGCCUGGACGAGGACUCACUCCGCUACGGCGCUAAUGGAGGAGGGGCAGGGGGGGAGUCUCGGGGCCUAGGGAUCACCACCUCCACCCCCUGUAGUCCGAGGGCAACACUGGACCGACGGGGGUCGUCCGGGAGACAAGGCCUGUUCUCCCGCCAGAAAGGGAUCCCACCGCUGCCACCAGUACGCAAGUCCAGUCUGGACCAGAAGAACCGGGCAGGAGGCCCCCUCAGCCCCCUGCACGCACCCAUCCAUGGCCUCUCCUUCCUGGGGAGCACCCCGGAGGACCUAGAUGGGCUUGGUGGAGGGAAACAGAAGGGGUCUAAUGUGGAGAGCAGUAGGUUGUUCAGUGCUAAACUAGAGCAACUGGCUAACAGAACCAACUCUCUGGGGCGGUCCCAUGGAGGUCACAGCUCUCUUGGCCCCCACUACGACUGCCUCUCCCUGGAGAGGGGGGAGAGCCUCAGCUCUCUGGGCUGGAAGGGGGCAGCCGGAGGGGGGAGGGGGGACUGCAAUAUGCCCCAUCCCGGACGUAGCAUCCGCUGUGGCUCAGUGUCAUCCUCCUCCCCUAAUGGAAACGGUUCCGGUAACAGCCCCGGCAGUGCUCCCAAGUCGCCCAAGUCGAGCCAGUCGAAGAUCUCAGCCGUCAGCAAGCUGCUGAUGGCCAGCCCUAAGACCCGCAGCCUUUCGGCCUCCAGCACCAAGACACUCAGCUUCUCCACCAAGUCUCUUCCCCAGUCUGUCAACCGCAGCUCCAGCUUGCCUCCCAACGGCAAGACCCAGCCCCAGCCCCAGGGUCAGACCUCCAGCCAGGCCCUGGGACAAAACAAGGAACCCAGCUCUGGCUCCUGGGCCACCCAGUCUCUGAGUCGCAGCCGAGGAGGAGGCCUGGCCGCCAAGCUGCCUCUGAGAGCCGCCAACGGACGCAUCUCCGAGCUGCUUCAGGGCAAUGGAGGCUCUCGAUCCACCAGUCACAACCGAGGAGGAGGCUCCGAAGCUGGGGAGGAGAGGGGUGCUGGAGGAAGUGGAGGUGGAGCAGGUGGUGGAGGAGCACAGGGAGAGGAGAGACCAGUGAUGGUCCACACCUUGCCGUCUCCCUACAGUAAGAUCACAGCCCCCAAGCGGCCCCAGCGCUGCAGCAGCGGCCAUGCCAGUGACAACAGCAGUGUUCUGAGUGGGGAGCUGCCCCCGGCCAUGGGGAAGACAGCCCUGUUCUACCACAGCGGGGCCAGCAGUGGCUACGAGAGCAUGUUGAGGGACAGCGAGGCCACAGGAAGCACCUCCUCUGCCCAGGACUCUCUGAGCGAACACAGCUCAGCCACCAGCAGCAGCCGCCGUAGCCUCAAGAACAACAAGAAGAGGAACAACAACACAGGUACCCAGCGUCGUCGUCUGAUUCCCAGCCUGACCCUGGACUCGUCCUCUCUGAUCAGGAAGCCCGCCAUCAGCUCCAGCGUACGCUGGGUAGACGGCCCGCUAAGCCCCGCCCCCAGGGGAACCACAGAACCCUUCGAGAUAAAGGUCUACAAGAUAGACGACGUGGAGCGCCUGCAGAGGAGGAGAGAGAAAGGAAACAAGGAGGUGGUUUAUCUCAGUGCUAAGCUGAAGACCUUGGAGCACAGGCAGCAGCGGAUCUCCGAGGUCCGAGCCAAGUACGACUGGCUGAAGAAAGAGCUAGAGCAGACCAAGCAGCACCUGAUGCUGGAGCCAGAGAAAUGGACCACUGAAUUUGACCUGCAGCAGACGUUCGAGGUGGACUCUCUGGAGUACCUGGAGGCUCUAGAGGUGAUGACAGACAGACUGGAGACCAGGGUCAACUUCUGCAAGGCUCACCUCAUGAUGGUCACCUGCUUCGACGUGACCUGCUGCCGCAGGUAGACCCACGGACGGACCACACCUCUGCUAGGACCAUUAGGACCCAAAGGACUAGGAGCAGCUCGGAUAUAACAGCAGAGGGAGGGAUGGAGCGGAGGGAGGGAUUUCCUUGAGGAGGUGCAGAAGAACAAAGGCAGACACUAAAGAUGCAUAUUUUUUUAAGCAGCGGGACAGGGAGCGAGGGAGGGAGGGAGAGGAGGAGGAUGAAGAAGAGAAUGAAGAGGAGGAAGAGAGGGUGUUUUUUAAAUUUUUAAAUGAGGAGUAUAUCUCCCACCUGACAGGAAGAGCACUUUUACUGGAGAGUUGUUGGAGAUGAAGUUUGUAAAUAAAGUUGUGCUUGCUUUGAAUAAGGACUGGCUGACAGACGGCUAUAGACACGUAGGGACAAAAAGAGAAAAGAACGACAGAAAAGAAAAGAAAACCAACCUUGUGUGUGAAAGACAAGUGCCUUGCGAACACUUCGAAAUCGGAACCAUUGCUCCUGUAUUUGUGUACAGAUGGUGCUAGCUGAAAAAAAGAAGAGAUCUCAAAAGUAAAAAGAAGAAAUAAGUUGUGGAAAGUAAAAACCACAGCUCCGUUUUACUCGGUGUUUCCUCCCCUGACUAGCUGUUCUCAGUGGCUUGUAUUGUUCUGCACUAGUUAGGAUUCAACUUUAGGAACUGCUACGUGUACGUUUUCUAUACCUCUUUUUAAAAAUUCUCUGAAGACAGUGACACCACACAGAGUGCUUUAGGGGAUAGGAAAUUAUGUAUAAGGACGGACAAGACCCAGGGAAGGGAGGUGGUGGUGGUGGUUUAUCUUAUGGCCCAUUGAUUUCAUUGUCAUCCCUCAGGCUAUGGUAACUGAAGUAUUCAGUCGGGGGUUCAGGCCUAACACACACCCACCACCCACCCGUCCCCUAACGAUGAUCAAGAGGUGCAGAGAGACAUCAGCUAGAAAGGAGGGGAGAUGGAGGGAUGAACAAAGGCUAAAAGAAAAUGUUACCAUUAGGGGAACAUCAUAAUAACGACCAUAGAAGGGGAUGGGUGUGACCAUGUGAUUAAUGGGGUAAAGGGACGCUGCUCUAUUCUACAGGUCUAAAAAAUGGGGGACAUCUGAGUUAAAUAUGAGUGUAGAGGAAAAUGUCCCAUUCACUCUGCUUGGUGACACUGUCGUGGUGCAUUCACUUUCAUAAUAGUUUGGUGCUUGAGACAGUUUCAGAUCUAAAUGUUUGUAUACACAUACAUACAUAUAUAUACACACACACAUACAUACAUAUAUAUAUAUAUAUAUAUAUAGUUGGAGUUAUUUUAACUCGUUUUUCAAACACUGCACAAAUUUCUUGUUAACAAACUAUAAUUUUGGCAAGUCGGUUAGGACAUCUACUUUGUGCAUGACACAAGUCAUUUUUCCAACAGAAGUUUACAUACCCUAAGUUGACUGUGCCUUUAAACAGCUUGGAAAAUUCCAGAAAAUGAUGUCAUGGCUUUAGAAUCUUCUGAUAGGCUAAUUGACAUUGGAGGUGUACCUGUGGAUGUAUUUGAAGGCCUACUUUCAAACUCAGUGCGUCUUUGCUUGACAUCAUGGGAAAAUCUAAAGACAUCAGCCAAGACCUCAGAAAAACAAUUGUAGACCUCCACAAGUCUGGUUCAUCCAAUUUCCAAUCGCAUGAAGGUACCACGUUCAUCUGUACAAACAAUAGUACGCAAGUAUAAACACCAUGGGACCACGCAGCCGUCAAACCGCUCAGGAAGGAGACACAUUCUGUCUCCUAGAGAUGGACGUACUUUGGUGCGAAAAGUGCAAAUCAAUCCCAAAACAACAGCAAAGGACCUUGUGAAGAUGCUGGAGGAAACAGGUACAAAAGUAUCUAUAUCCACAGUAAAACGAGUCCCUAUAUCAACAAAACCUGAAAGGCCACUCAGCAAGGAAGAAGCCACUGCUCCAAAACCGCCAUAAAAAAAGCCAGACUACAGUUUGCAAAUGCACAUAGGGACAAAGAUCAUACUUUUUUGGAGAUAUGUCCUCUUGACUGAUGAAACAAAAAUAGAACUGUUUUGGCCAUAAUGACCAUCAUUAUGUUUGGAGGAAAAAGGGGGAGGCUUGUAAGCCGAAGAACACCAUCCCAACCGUGAAGCACUGGGGUGGCAACAUCAUGUUGUGGGGUGCUUUGCUGCAGGAGGGACUGGUGCACUUCACAAAAUAGAUGGCAGAAUGAGGGAGGAAAAUUAGGUGGAUUUACUGAAGCAACAUCUCAAGACAUCAGUCAGGAAGUUAAAGCUUGGUCGCAAAUGGGUCUUCCAAAUGGAUAAUGACCCCAAGCAUACUUCCAAAGUUAUGGCAAAAUGGCUAAAGGACAACAAAGUCAAGGAGUGGCCAUCACAAAGCCCUGACCUCAAUCCUAUAGAACAUUUGUGGGCAGAACUGAAAAAGUGUGUGCGAGCAAACCUGACUCAGUUACACCAAAUCUGUCAGGGGGGAUGGGACAAAAAUCACCCAACUUAUUGUAGGAAGCUCUUGGAAGGCUACGCAGAACGUUUGACCCAAGUUAAACAAUUUAAAGGCAAUGCUACCAAAUACUAAUUAAGUGUAUGUAAACUUCUGACCCACUGGGAAUGUGAUGAAAGAAAUUAAAGCUGAAAUAAAUCAUUCUCUCUACUAUUAUUCUGACAUUUCACAUUCUUAAAAUAAUCUGACCUAAAACAGGGUAUUUUUACUAGGAUUAAAUGUCAGGAAUUGUGAAAAACUGAAUUUAGCUGAGGUUGUAUGUAAAACUUCAGACUUCAACUGUAUAUAUAUAUAUAUAUAUAUAUACACACACAUACGUAUGUAUAUAUAUAUAUAUACAUAUAUAUAUACACACAUAUGUAUGUGUAUAUAUAUAUAUACAUAUACAUAUAUAUAUACACACACACAUACGUAUGUGUGUGUAUAUAUACACAUAUGUAAUGUGUGUAUAUACAAUGGGGCAAAAACGUAUUUAGUCAGCCACCAAUUGUGCAAGUUCUCCCACUUAAAAAGAUCAGAGAGGCCUGUAGUUUUCAUCAUAGGUACACUUCAACUAUGACAGACAAGAUGAGAAGAAAAAUCCAGAAAAUCACAUUGUAGGAUUUUUAAUGAAUUUAUUUGCAAAUUAUGGUUGAAAAUAAGUAUUUGGUCACCUACAAACAAGCAAGAUUUCUGGCUCUCACAGACCUGUAACUUCUUCUAGAGGCUCCUCUGUCCUCCACUCGUUACCUGUAUUAAUGGCACCUGUUUGAACUUGUUAUCAGUAUAAAAGACACCUGUCCACAACCUCAGAAACAGUCACACUCCAAACUCCACUAUGGCCAAGACCAAAGAGCUGUCAAAGGACACCAGAAACAAAAUUGUAGACCUGCACCAGACUGGGAAGACUGAAUCUGCAAUAGGUAAGCAGCUUGGUUUGAAGAAAUCAACUGUGGGAGCAAUUACUAGGAAAUGGAAGACAUAUAAGACCACUGAUAAUCUCCCUCGAUUUGGGGCUCCAUGCAAGAUCUCACCCCGUGGGGUCAAAAUGAUCACAAGAACGGUGAGCAAAAAUCCCAGAACCACACUGGGGGACCUAUUGAAUGACCUGCAGAGAGCUGGGACCAAAGUAACAAAGCCUACCAUCAGUAACACACUACGCCGCCAGGGACUCAAAUCCUGCAGUGCCAGACGUGUCCCCCUGCUUAAGCCAGUACAUGUCCAGGCCCGUCUGAAGUUUGCUAGAGAGCAUUUGGAUGAUGCAGAAGAAGAUUGGGAGAAUGUCAUAUGGUCAGAUGAAACCAAAAUAUAACAUUUUGGUAAAAACUCAACUCGUCGUGUUUGGAGGACAAAGAAUGCUGAGUUGCAUCCAAAGAACACCAUACCUACUGUGAAGCAUGGGGGUGGAAACAUCAUGCUUUGGGGCUGUUUUUCUGCAAAGGGACCAGGACGACUGAUCCGUGUAAUGGAAAGAAUGAAUGGGGCCAUGUAUCGUGAGAUUUUGAGUGAAAACCUUCUUCCAUCUGCAUGGGCAUUGAAGAUGAAACGUGGCUGGGUCAUUUCAAGGUCCUGGAGUGGCCGAGCCAGUCUCCAGAUCUCAACCCCAUAGAAAAUCUUUGGAGGAAGUUGAAAGUCUGUGUUGCCCAGCAACAGCCCCAAAACAUCACUGCUCUAGAGGAGAUCUGCAUGGAGGAAUGGGCCAAAAUACCAGCAACAGUGUGUGAAAACCUUGUGAAGACUUACAGAAAACAUUUGACCUCUGUCAUUGCCAACAAAGGGUAUAUAACAAAGUAUUGAGAUAAACUUUUGUUAUUGACCAAAUACUUAUUUUCCACCAUAAUUUGCAAAUAAAUUCAUUCAAAAUCCUACAAUGUGAUUUUCUGGAUUUUUUUUUCUCAUUUUGUCUGUCAUAGUUGAAGUGUACCUUUGAUGAAUUAUUACAGGCCUCUCUCAUCUUUUUAAGUGGGAGAAUGUGCACAAUUGGUGGCUGACUAAAUACUUUUUUGCCCCACUGUAUAUACAUAUAUACACAUAUAUAUAUAUAUACAUAUAUAUAUAUAUACAUAUAUAUAUAUAUACAUAUAUAUAUACAUACAUAUAUAUAUACAUAUAUAUAUACAUACACAUAUAUAUAUAUACAUACACAUAUAUAUAUAUACAUACACAUAUAUAUACAUACACAUA